AGUAAUUCGCCUGGAAGUAGUGCUACGGCCCCUUGUGGGUUACCCGGCCAUUACUGAUGAAAAAGAUAAAAAUUUUCUCCGGUUUUUGCGGCGGCCCCGUGCAGGAGCGCUUAUUAGGCCACUACCCAAAAUAGCAGCCAUUAGAGAGCAAAAGACGUGCUUUCCCACAUUUCGCCCCCAAAAUGGCUGGUGCUGCAGGCCGUGCAUAUUGUCCAGGUCAUCUUGCUGCUGAUCCAAAACUCUUGGCCCCGUUCAACUGCCGCUAUUUAUUAGCCUGUUCGGCAUCGCUUGGAUGUGCCGUAUCCGUUGGUUUCAGGGUUCAGUGUUUUAUGAGAAAAAGGAAGAAAUAUCAACAAAUUUGCAUAUUCGGUCAAAUAGCUUUGGGCGGCAUUCCCCAAGUACAAGUGAGCAACAACAGACGAAUGAUUCGGAAGCAGGUAGUUCUGUUUGGAGUCGGAGAAUCUAGAGAUUCAUAUUACAGUUUGUGUUGGUCAUGGUUCCACGCAUCAUAACUUCAUUUUACUUCAAACACUUUGUUUUACACUGGUUAAACUAACACUACUGGGAUUCUGAUUAGAUGUUUAUUACUAAACCUUGCGUUAACAAACGAACACGCUGGACGGCACACGGCCGUAGGCCGUUCGUAUUCUCAUUAUU